GCAACAGGGAAAGGCAUGGCGCCAACGAGCACCGACAAAGGUGAAAGUGCGAUGAACCCACCAGAAACAUCUGCUGCUGCUGAGGAUACUGUUCCGCUGCCAGAGGAAGCGAUGGAGUCCUUCAAUGUUGAGGUCGAUGGUUCGUUUGCAUUCAAGGUCAAAGACCAACAGUUUGUUCGCGUUUUUGCCAAGGAUCAGAAGCUUGACAACGGACCGAUCUUCUAUGCUGACGCUGAUCAGAAGAAACCUCUGACUUGUCUGGAUGGGUCUGACGGGGAGGCGGUGCUGAGACGGGUGGAGGAGCUUCCGGCUGAAUGGAUCGUGCAGUGGGAAGACACAGAUCUAAAGGAGGCAACUGAGAGUGCUAGACGUGGAGGCCCUUGGAUCUCAUCAGGAGCGGCAGCUGCAGGAGGAGGGGCUCUGGGCGGUGCGAUGCUUGCUCCUGCCGCUGCUGUGGCUGGAGUGCAAGCGAUUGGUUUCACCAGCACUGGCAUCGCCGCAGGCAGCACGGCAGCGUCUAUGAUGUCAGCCUCAGCCGUCGCUUCUGGAGGAGGAGUCGCGUCCAUGGCAUCAGGGGGAAUGGUAGCGACGCUUCAGAGCAUUGGAGCAACCGGCAUGUUGGGACUGUCCACAACAGCUGCUGUAGCAUGCGUCGGUGCGGCUGUCGUCGGUACGGCGGCGUACGGGAGCUACAGGACAGGCAAGUACGCCUAUUCCUGGUACUCAGACCGGAGGGCAAGACUGAUGAAGAAUCAGCAGCUCGACAAGGAACCGAUCUCGCAGUGAGAAGCUCGACGACACGAACCCCGCCACUGAUCGUCCGUUGUGACCCCUUGCAUGGACCAGCAAGCGGGUUGCAACUGUGUAGCUUGCUAUGAGUAAUCCGUGAAUAGAUACUAGUCGAGUAUCGAUGUCCUUCAGUGUCACUGCUGUUCCAGGAGCAAAUUGCAAUCAUAUCGA